AUGUUAACUUCUAAAACUCAAACAAGGUCAGUUGGAAUUCGAGUUGGAGUCAUGCUGAGAAGCGUCCUUUACAGUAGAACGUCUGUAAUUAAAUCCUUCAGUUGUUUUCUCCGAGGAAAAGCUCAGGUUAGUUGUGUCUGUUUUAGCCAGUUUGUAGCCUUUUUCUUUUUAAUUUAAUAGCUCACUCUAAGUGACUUACUUAAUUAGAAAUACCGCAUGUCUAGAUAUACGUGUCCACGAGAAGGAGCUGUGUCACGAAAUUCAGCCAAAUUAGGAAAUUACAAAAUGCCCGUUAAUUAAGAGAAACAUAAAAAUAACUGCUUAAAACUUAAAAGGAAGGUUAAAAUUACACAACAGAAACAACAGAUGCCACGGAUGGGCAAAAACUGAAGAAGAUUGAAACGGAUUGAAAUUAGGAUUUUCGAAAACUGUUCAGCCUAACAGUUUUUCAAAGUUGAUCCCUGCUGUUUACAACUUCAAAAAUAAUGCUCAGGAGACAUAUUUGUUUGUCUCGGAUCUCUGAUUUUGUCAUAUACCUGUAAUUUCUCUGCUUACGUUAAUUUCCAUAGCGAUUGAGGGCGAGUAAUUGACAAAAUUAAGCAAAAUGAACUGGACUGCUGUGACACACCCCCUUUAAAACUACACUUAAUAUUAAGUUAUAUGCAAAAGGGAACUUGUCAAGUAAAAACUGUUAUAAUAUAUAGAUUUAGCCAGGGCUAAAAGCGAAGCUCCCGUUAAUAAAUUCAUAAUUUAAAUCAAACAAUAAACUUGUAAUCCACAGAUAGGGCACAUUCAUGUGACUUUUGAGGCAAAUUAAGGCUAAGUGAUGUUAGAGAAAAAUAAUUUGACAGUCCAAGAGUGAAACAAAUUUUACAUCGCGUUAAUAGUCUUAUUUGUACACCAAAAAAUAGCAAUCAUGUUCGAUCACAGUAGAUUAGGCCUGGAAAACAAGUAGACCUAUUCGUGUAUUGUAUUUGCAUUAGCUGUUGCAUCAUAAUGUCGCAUUCACCAGUCUCUCCAACAAUGUUCCGUUAGAGAGACUAUGGAUAAUUGGAUAACCCCGAAAUAUAAUUUUAAGAACCACACGAGCCACGAUAGUCCUUGGUGGCAGCCAAUUGACACGUUGCAUUCAUCUGUCUAAAAGCGAGGCCAAAAUAAAAAAUCAGGCCGGAUUUUUUGUGUUCGACAAUGCAAGUUUAGUUUACAAGUAACUCUGGUGGCGUGUAAACCAGCCUUUUAAACAUACUUUUUCUCAACACGUCUCCGGUAAACAGUACUAUGAGGCCCUUUUUUAUCAUACAGACCUUGGACAGAAUUUGUUCUUUUUUUGCCCUAUCAUUCUGCAGUUUUUCACAAUUUUGUAAGACAAUUUGCACUCAUUCAAUAUCCACGACGUCAAAGCAAGCGCUUCCUUUGCAAAACAAAUUAUAGCAUUGAAUUAUCAAACGUUUUCAUGAAAAGAAUUCCAUAAUGCGGGACUUUUCCGUUAGAAAAAUCUGGUCCUAUGUGAUAUGCAGGGUAAUAAUUAUGGGCUUUUAGCAUGAAAACGAUAAAAAAAAUUCCCAAAAUCACCUUUUCGGCCAGCCGGACGGGUUCUCACUUUUGACAGGCAAAUUUGCAGUGCGAUUAAUAGAGUUACCAUUUACGCUUCAACACGAUAGAGAAAUUUUUAUGUUUAGGUUUUAUUUCCCUUUAUUUAUUAAACUGUGUAUGUGGUUUUGUUAUGUGUAAUCUUUAAAAGCGAGUGAUAUUUACGCGCGGCGUUUUGAGUAUUCCUGUAUGCGAUGUUCGACUGCAAACAACCAGUGCAGCGAUAAAAAUUGCGGGAGGGACUACUAACAAUCAAUAAAAUAAAUAUAAUUCGGUGAAACAUGUACAGAGACAAUAAUUUUCAUUCACGAAGAGAAGUAUUGAGAGUAAAGUGUCUCUGAAAAUCAUGAGUCAGGUAAGCAUAAACUUGUUUAUGUUUUAAGCCGGCUUCCCGGUGUUUGCUCUUUUUCAAGAUGAACUCGAGGCAAGAAAAUCGCUCAGAGCUUUCUGUUUAUAGCCAAAAUCAUAACUAAAUAAUCUUUGGAACCUUUUCUUUGAAUUUGCGGUCAAAAAAUGUCUAAAGGCUUUUUAAACCUGAUACUAUUGUUGGUUAGAUCAUCGCUCGUGUAUAAACUUAAGCCGCAUAAACCAUACGCUCGACUUCAGCAAACCGAAAAAAAAAAACACAUCAAAGACAAUAAUUGCUCAGGCUUACCAGUCGAGAUGCUGCUUCUGAAGGUCAUCAAGUGUUCUAGAAUCGCUUGAGACUUUUCAACCCUCUUACGUCUCAAGCAAGGACAAGUGAGGAAGCUCAUUCUUGAAAACGAUGCCAUCCGAAAUCGGAUUUCCAAUGACUUUCACAACCAGUGCAUUUGUCAACAUAAAGCGCAAUAAACAAACCAGCCAUGAAUUACAGAACAAUCUUGCUAGCAGCUGUAUUUCAUUUUGUACACCAAGUAGAAAACGACAGUUUAAAACAUCACAAGAUGACACAAAACUCUGUCAGCUCCAGCUAUCAGUAAGCAAGUUUCCAGACGCUGCAUAAAUUUUCCGCAUGAACUUACCUGUCAAAUUUUGACCAAUCAGAACAUAAAAGUUGGACGUAGAGCGUGAUCAACGCGUGACAGUGAGAAAAGUCAAGAGCGAUUGCCUAACCUGCAUGUAAAAGCGGGUUGAAUUUUCGCGUCCGAAGUCAGUUCGAAAUCAAAAUUUUAAAACGGACUCAUAAACACGACUUAUUUCAUAUGCAUUUUAAAAAAAUUGAACUAGAGCCUGCGAUCAUGUGAACAGUAGCAACUUGUCAGCGGAUACCUUCAAAAAAAUACUCAAACUCAGUGGGUCGAUACCCGAGUCCGCAAUACGGUCAGGCGAUACUGGUCAGCAGAAACACUAUUUUGACAGCUGUCAAUUAAUCAAAACAUGGAUGUACAAUAUCAGGUUGCAGGCUCUCAAAUUAGCUAGAAAGUGUGAGUUUAAACAUUGGUAUGACUGUGGCGCGGACGGUCGGGUGGUCGGUGUAAGGUCACGUGAUUGCCGAAGUUUGUAGGAUGGAUAGAUUUUCUAACCUCUGGGGCUUCGAAUUGAGCACGUGAUCAAAUAAAAUAUCAGCGCAAAACUUUGAACACUACGUGAACUCAAUGGAUAGAAAAUGAGCCCGCGAUACACUCAGGUGAUGAUGGUCAGCGUAUACUCUAGUUUGACAGCUGUCAAUUAACCUUAAUUAGAUUGGCGAAUAUUCGAAUUAACAGACUACGAGUGUGAGUAAGGCAUAUCCGUCCGGCUUGUAGUAGAAAAUGCCAGAUCGUGUACCUCAGCGAACCUGAGCCCACGUUAUUAGUUUUCUGAUACUGGUCUGCACAUGUCCUGUUUUGACAGCUGUCAAUUGACCUUAACUUGGCUUCCCAAUAUAACUUUAAACGACUGUCAGCCAACUGACAGCCUUGCCCGGCGUAGUUUCGUUUUUAUGUUGAAUUGGUAAGUGUGACAUAUUAUAACAGCUUAUAUGUAGGGGCAAAACGACUGGUCUUUCAUCUGAGCCCGCGACAUAGUCAUGUGAUAAUUGUCAGCGGAUGUCUGAUUUUGACAGCUGUCAAUCUAAUCGUACUCAUACGGAUGGCUUACAUAACUGAAAGGCUAAUCAAGUUGUGCAAGAUCUAUUGUGACAUUUGACAUCGGCUUAAAUGAAGUGUGUGUACGGGUGGGCGUAGCUACGUCAUAACCAAAUUUUCUGGGAUGGAUAGUUUACCAAAUUUUCUUACCCAUGGUGCUCCGCUGCGCGCGCGCUUCGCGCGCGCGGGAGCUCCGCUAAUAAGGCCAUAAAACAUGAGCAGCAGGCCUGCAAACGUACAUGGAAGAUAUCGCGUACCUGAAGUUUAGCCCGCAUUGGAAUUACUAAAAGAAGUCGCAGAGAAUAUGAUUUAACAAACAGUUCUGUAGAAAAAAAAAACGAUUUAAUUAGUUUUAGCACGAAUUUUUGAAGUAUCUGUGUCGUGGUUUGCAGUCAACCUACAGUGUGACAGAUGUCAAGCCUCUGGUAUCUGGAAACUGCUUACAGAUAGAUUGGAAGGACGGACACACAUCCACGUAUGAAUACGUUAGAAAUGGGCUAAUUUAGUUUACCAUUAUUUCGAACUUCCCGCAUUAGAGACCAAGUGCUGAUAAUGCGAGAAGGUACGAGGAAAAAAUCAUAGGGACCAGGGGUCUUUCAUGGAUUUCGACACAUCUAUUUUUUAGGAAAAGAGAAUGCAAUUUUUAAGUUACGAUAUGUGUUGUCAUGUAGUGUCUCUGAAAGUCCUUGGUAUACUCUGAGUCUGCUGAGUAGCGUAGUUCAUGCGAUGGACACCACGUUUCAAACCGUCGCUUACAAAAGGCUUAAACCAAAAAAUGGAAAUAGACCUUUUUAGCUUGUAUGUCUCAGUUUGUUUUACCAUUUCAGACAACGUGAUGGUACCGCAAAGAACUUUUCUUUCAAAUUUUGUCCUAUACACGUGUGCACAUGUAUGCACAAUUUACGAAACAACAAAGGCAAAUUCUUUUGACAAUAUCACGUUAACUGAGGUAGGAAACAAAACGUCCAAGCUAAAAACGUGUAUUAUUAUAAAACGUUCGCCCUGAAAAGUGUUCCCGGUUGCUUACACAAGGUGGUAAUUUCCGUGGAGUUGCAACUAUAGGGCUAUGACUAGGAAUAUUUUGUGAUCUGGAUUGGGGACCAAAUCGAGUUAAAUAUGAUAGAACGAGGACGAGACAUUGUCAGUGUGGGUGUGGUUGUUUGUGGGAGGGCUUACACCUCCUCCCAUCAUUUUGUAACUUCCAGCGGAAACCUUAAAACGAUCCACUGCCAACAGCCAACGGUCAAUUCUAAACAGUCAAUUGAUGAUUAUCGAUUUCACAGAAAAAAAUUAUUAUACGUACAGCUGUAUAUACAUUUACACGAUUACAACUUUCAACACCUCCGUUCUCAAAUAGCUACUAGGUUAAUCGUGUUGUAACAACUAACUGUAGAUUCGGAAAACUACACAAGUCAUUUCCCUUUUCUGGUUAAUAUACUAUAUGUUUAAAAUUGAAUAUGUACAUUUCUUUUAAAAUCGUUCUGAUUCUUUUGUUCAUUAACUUAUUUAAGGUUCCACAGUUGUUGGCUGCGGCUUUGUUGCCAAUGUGAUAAGUGCAAACAAUCAAGUAAUGGUCAGAGGAUCAUUAAUGUCUCAUCUCUUCCUGACCCAAUAAAACUAUCAAGUUUUUCAAUUUCCGGUACGUGGGCGUGAGUUAUUAAGAUUAAAUGUCGGGGUAGAUGUUAUAUGUCUCACACGCCUGCUACGCAGGCUACAAACAAGUUGAUUUCAUUAUGUACCGUACAUUGUACUAUGCAAGGCUUUUGUAGACGUUUACUGAAUAACCCACUAAGUAACUGAUCCUCAGCUUUAUUAUGCUUGCUGUUCUUAACAUAUACGAAUCACUAUAGAGUAAGACAUAUAGACAGCCUUUUCUUUGUCAAAUGUGUUGUGAUAGGCAAAUCAUUAACUUGGGCCUUUUAAUAUAAUCUUAGUCGUAAAUUGAUUGUGAUUUUUCUUCCUAUUGUUAUACUUAACAAUUAUUCGCCGAAGGCGAAGUUAAUUUUGUUGAAUAAUCCCCGCGACGAAGUCGAGGGGAUUAUUCAACAAUAUUUACUGAGCCUGAGGUGAAUAAUUGUUUUAGUAUAUUCACACGAAGUGAUCUCAACAGAAUCAGAAAGGAAACCAUUAAAAACGACUAGUUUGAUUGAAGGGUGAAUUCAUGCGUGAACACGAAGCCGUAAACAGUGGAUGCGCAAAAGUUAGAUCUUUACAGUAUCUUCAAACAUGGCAAAUGAUAGUUUUAAUCUUUUUGUAUCGAGUUUUGUAAGCUUUAGCAUCAACGGUUUAAAAGAAAACGCCGAAAUUUAAAUUACUACCCAAUUCUGAGAAGAAAAGUAGAGCUUUAUUUGUUUCUGUCAACUCACCGUAAAUGAGAAAGUUUUCUUUGUCGCUUCUUGCAAAUGCUGUCAACAGCGGCUACGAUGAGGGUGAGCGUUGUUUAUGUCCAAUGUUCUUUGCCUUGUUAACUUGCUGGCACGUACAAUUUUCGAAAAUAUUUGCCGUCCUCUUUUCUCCAUAAAUUAACUUCUGUUUGUAGGCAAAAUUGGUCUUGCGAGAAAAUCCCGAAAUCACAAAACAGUGACAAAGCGACCUCGUUUUCCUCUGUAGUGCUAAACAUAGCUUCGAGCGUACAAAAAGUCAGCUACAGUAAACCGCUUCACAAUAACUCACGCUGUUUAAACACCAUGAAGUCUUUUCUUGCCUUGAAAGUCAUCAGCAUUUGGAUAUUCGUGUAUUUUCAAAAAGGCUUUACUAUGAAACUUUGGCAAAACACCCAUUUCACGACAGCGAUUUUGUUCUGCUUUAUAUUCAUCGUCUAGCGCGGUGAAUAUAACGUCAUAGUCCGAGAUAGCUAACCAAUCAGAUUGCGUGAAUUACUAAGAUCACUGAGUGUGUAUAUACUAAAAAGUAUUAUCGAUAUCCAUAGGUAGAAAAUAGAAUAUUUUGACCGCAGAUAGAUUAACUUAUACAUUAGAGCACCGGUCUGCAGAGUGGGAUGUCACAAGUUCAAUCCUUGGGAUCAGAACAAUACUCAUGGUCUUAAAAUAGCUUACUAAUUUAUUCUAUUUUUUUCAGAAAAUAAGCAAAAUCUCGUUUUGGCUUGGGAACUUGAAAAUGAUCAUCAGGGAGUGCUUAACUUAAAAUGGCUAAGAGAAAAUUGUUACUCUGAACCAGCAAGGAAGAUACAAAGUGAAAUGAGAAGGACACAGCCACAUUUAGGACAGGUAUCUAGUCCGCAUGACGACAAUCAGACAAUGAAACUUACAACAGGUGAAAAAAUUACUGAUCUACUACGAAGAGAUGUAUAAAACUUAUAAAAAGAGUGAAAGAUACACUAAUUAUCAAAUUAUACUUUCGCAAUAAUACAUUUGUUAAGUUGUAAUUGUCAAAACCUCUUUACUUCAAUACCUGAUAAGUCAACAUGUAUUGGCAUAAAACUGCAUUCAUACAGUCAAAAUGUCUGCUGCAAUGAAAGAUGUUGACUCCAACAGACUUCUGUUUUAAUCACUAUUUAACAGCACAGCCUUCCAGAGGUGAAGUAUAGUGAAAUGAUGGAAACUAAGGAAGGUUUCUGGAAGUAAGUUCCUUCUAUUGUGUACAUCAAGGACCCAAUAAAUGAUUUUAUUAUUCAUUCAAAAUAUUUCCCCAAUUCUGAUUGGCUAAAAGCACACGCAUAAUUCACCAUAACCAGUUACUGAUGACCAAAUUUGGAAGAACUUUGCGUUUAACGAGGAAAUGACAUCAAAAAUGCAGCCUUCUACAGGUUAAUGCACCGUUAACCGAGAAGACCUGGGGACGAGAUUGAGUUGUUUUCGUUGUAAAGACACUUCACUCGUUUCAAGAGUAAGAACUACAGCUGGAACUAGGCGAAAUAAUGGUUAAAAACAUAGCAAAAACAGCAAGAAGACAACUCGGAGGGCGACAUCUGCUAUUUGGAGAAUAUUUGAGGGGUGGACAAACCUAAACGUAAACUAUCGAAGAUAAACUUAACAUCGAUGCAGGUAAGCUUGUUUUAGCUAUGUUUUUAAACUAGGAAUUAUUUUGAAUGAAUAAUAAAACAAUUAUUGAAUUCGGCUUUCGUAUCAUAUGAAAUAUUAUGGAGAUGUCGGAGGGUGUUAUUGUUAAGUAAUCACCAUUCCUAAAGGAUAUAUUGUUUGACUUACAGGUUGAAUACAAGCACCGUAUAAAAUUCACUGACAGCCCUUAGAUCAAUAUUGAGCUCAGGAUAUAAGCGCUCUAUGAAAUAAAGCUAUCACCAUUUCUUCUUUAAAAUGUGUAAACCAUGUAUAAUCUAUGAGAUUCUCAAUAAUUGACUAAUUAUUGACUGGAAAUCCUGCAGCGUAAUUACUGUAAAUAUACAAGAAGCCUUGUCUAGACCUCGUUCGUUCAGGCAGUUUUACGUUUGCAACACUAUUUGACAGAUAGUAUUUUAAGUAUAAAGCGUUCUUUUGGCCCCCAUAUCUUGUUAUGUCAGUUUAAUAUUUAACCAUCAUGUGUUUCCUGCUGUAUUUAAGAAUGCUUUGCCAACUAAGUGAUCAUGGGGUGUCAUUGGUAAAACAAGUGCCAACUGAUGACGAGGAAACUGUUCGUAAGGUUUGUGAAGCUAUAGUUACUAUAAUAUCUGAAGUUAGAUAGUCAACAUUGUCUUAAAAGCUGCUAUUCCGGACGCAGUUCAUUCAUCCAGUUUUGAGUUGAAUUUUAAGCUGCAAUUAUUAAACACGUCACCCGAUCAAAACGAAAAGACUCUGCAAAAUGUGCAAAUGUUAGCUGUCAGGCAAAGUAGUACAUAGAUUUUGAUGCAAGAUAAUGUCCAAGGGAACAUUGUUUAAAAUUUUCUUUUUUAUCUACCAGGUUGCAAGAAGAAUGGGACCUAUUCAGGAAACCAUUUAUGGAGUGGUUAGUACUAAUAACUGCAUUGAAUAGCGAUAUUCCAUGAGUGGUUGUCGUGGCGGAUGAUGAUCUCACCGUUAAGUGGUACUAUUUUUUUAGACAUUUAAUGUGCGGACUGUUCCUAAUCCAAUCAAUAUUGCGUAUUCUGAUGUUGAAUUGGCUCUGCACAUGGAUCUGGUGUAUUAUGAGUCUCCACCUGGACUUCAGUUUCUUCAUUGCCUAAGGUAUAAAGCUAAAUUCUAAAUCAUUUUUGAGAAACUUUGGCGGGUGCAUUGCAUCGAGACACUUCGUUCCACUGCGUCCUCUAACAAGUGCUUUAAUACCGCCGCCCAGUUAGCUCAAUUGGAUAAGCGCCCGUCGUCGCGGGUUCAAAUCCGGCCCUACCAACACACAGGGUCUCAAAAUAACUGAGAAGAAUGGGCUGCCUUUGCUGUGACAUCUACAAAUGGUUAGACCUUAUUCUAGUCUUCUCGGAUAAGGACAUCCUCGGAGACCCAGGGGCAGAUAGUGGGGGCGAGGGAAAGUCUAAACGGGCGGAAAAAUGUGGCACGAAGAAAAGUAAACCGACCGUUUGGAACUGGUCUGGUAAGACAUUGUCCCCAGGGGCUCUUCUCGCCGUUCUUUACUUUUCUUCGUUCCAUAUAUAUUUUUCCGCCCGUUAAGACUUUCCCUCGCCCCCUUUAUCUGCCCCUGGGUCUCCGAGGAUGGGAUAAGGACGACAAACCGUAGGAUCCGUCUCACAGCUCGGCUUUCACGGUUGUGAUUCUUUUGGGACGUAAAAGAACCUUGCCUAGUCCUUAUACGGCGUCUUUCCAGGCCCUCUCGGUCAAUGCAUUUCGGUGACGUAUCCGAGACGAACAGCCGGGAGACGCCUAGACAAUCUCGGAGUGGGCAUGCGUGAGCAUUUUUGCAUUUUUGAAAAGUUCACACGUCCAACUGAAAUGAUCUAUAAAUAACUUUGCGCGUGAAUAUCCUUCGCUUAAAGAUCGGCACUACUGACACUAUUACAAAAAUAGCUAACCUGGUUUCUGUUAUUAAAGAACAAAAAUAUUACUUUGAAUCGGAAAUCUCGUGUUGAAAAAUAUUUCACUCGUUCGCUUCGCUCACUCGUGAAAUAUUGUUCAACACUCGAAGAGAAAUUUCGUAUCUCCGCGCGGCCAUGUAAUAUCCUCUAUAUAACGUGCAAGUAAUUUCUCUUUUCAUUUUCAAAUGAACCAUUAAAAUGAUAUUACUUUACUGAUAAAAAGAUUUGAAACAGUAGUUUGUUGACAUUCUACCAAAUUUAGAGACCAAAUUCAACAGCCCGUCCGAUUAGUUUCAUAAGCUUAGAAAUCCAAAAAUUAAAUUACAUAAAAUAUUUCGAAGUGAAAUGAUAACGAGAAAUUUAUAGGAGGAAGCGAAAAUGGAGAAACGAAAGAUAACUUUUUAUAUCCAAGAAUAAAUAUAAACUUAUUUCUUUAGCUUACCUUCCGAUUCUUGAUCAAAAAUUUUUUUUGCGACGCUGUUUUGCUUAGGCUACAAAUAGUUUUUGAGAUGAAAUAAAGUUCAAAUUAGUUUAAUGAGAUAAAUGAAAAAGAAAGGCCAAAAGACUUUCAACCAUGAAAACGUGCAUAGAAUAAAAAUGCUCGGUUUACCUCUUCAUCCUCUGUACUCUCCAUGGCUGCUGGACAUCUUUCAUCAGCGCGGAAAAAUUAUUGACAGCUCGCCAGCUUCCAAAAGCUCCGCCCCAAGUGAGACAAAACGUCUCACUUCUCCGAGUUUGUCUAGGCCUCAAAAACUUUCUCGGACUACGUGACCCGAAACGCAUCGGCCGCGCAUAAUAAUGAGGCCUAGGGACUAGGCAAAAAAGAACCCACACUGCUGUUCGUUGGAAGAGUAUGGGGCGUAGACCCGAGUGGUGUGUAACAACUCAGUUUCAUGGGCUGGGUGGGUAAUGGAGGGGUUGAUAUCAUAGGGACGCAAGUCCUGUUUCACCCUCUGUCACCGUGUUGAUUCACCCCGUCAAAUUCAGUAAAGCUAAAGCCGGAACAUUAUUCCGUUUGUCUAUGCUUAGAUUCGAUCCAGAAGUUGAAGGAGGCGCGAGCAUAUUUGUAGAUGGUUUUGAGGUUGCCAAAGAUUUAAGAAAACAGUUUCCUGAUGACUUCAAUAAUCUUGUGCGUAUACCAGCAACAUUUGAGAAAAUACACUUUGAAAGGUAUUUGUUCUUACUUUUAAAUUUUCAUCUUUAUCACAACUACUAAAAAUAUCUAUAGAAACAAUGUAACACACUAUAAGCUUAUGUCCUCUUUAUGUUGCAGGGAUUAUCCUGUCAAGCUAGUGUACAAAAGACCACAUAUUGUUCUUAAUCCAGACAAUGAGGUACAAUGAGUUUUUUUACUCUAUAGGUACCUGUUUAAUAUUUACAAAGUUAAUCAACAGUACCAACAAUACCAACAGUAUGGUUCAUGUAGUGCCUUCCUAUGGCACUCUAUUUUUAUUUUCAUGUGACUAGAAAUUAGGUCCAAGUGGGAUGGAGUCGCGAGAGGUUUCUAUGCUAUUCAACAUUAGAGCGCAUUUAUUCAGAACCUUAAAACAGACACUCGUUUUACUCGCACCCCAUUGACAGCUUCCACGGAGGAUCUGCCGACUGUCUACCUCCCACUAUUGAUAGGGCUCAAUUCGCCGAGGACAUCGGGAAGUUUUUUGUACAGAACAUAGUGAAUAUUAGGAGUCGCCUCGAUUCUCAUGGUGCUGUAAACUAUCAUAAACCCGACAUAGAGGGCAUUGAGUCGUCUUUCGUCCACCUCACUAAAUUUAAGAUGUUAACGGAACAAGAUGUGAAGUCUCUAUGCAUCUUUACCCUGCCAAUCAGUCAUCUUAUAGGAAGAAUUAUAGCACAGAAACAGCGUUGCUGAGAGUGAAAAAUGACAUCCUGUUGAACACGAACAAACAGCAUGUAACACUACUGGUUUUAUUAGAUCUUAGUGCGGCAUUUGAUACUGUGGCUCACAAUGUUUUACUCAGUCGGCUUCACUCUAAAUUUGGUAUAUCUGGAACGGCACUUGAAUGAUUCCGUUCCUACCUUAAUGGUAGAUCUCAGCGUGUUAUGGUGCAAGGAAAUCUAUCUCGGAGUUCGAAUUUGGACUUCGGAGUACCGCAGGGCUCUUGCCUCGGGCCAUUGCUUUUCACGAUUUAUGCUAGCAAAUUGUUUGAUGUCAUCAAGGUGCACCUUCCCACGGUUCACUGCUACGCUGACGACACGCAGUUGUAUGUGUCUUUCAGUCCAAACAUAAGCACAGGGCAAUUUGAGGCUGUCACUGCUAUACAGCACUGUGUGGAUGAUAUACGUAAUUGGAUGACCAAUGAUAAACUACUUCUCAAUGACCAUAAAACAGAAUUCCUAAUGAUUGGUACCAAGCAACAACUAGCCAAAGUUAAUAUUGAUCAUAUUUUAAUUGGAGACUGUGUAAUUAGACCAAAAGGGGUAGUUAAGAACUUAGGGACAUGGUUAGACUCGACUCUUUCAAUGAAUUCUCAUGUAAAUAACACUUGUUCCAAUGCCUUUUAUUAGUCUCGCUUGCUUUAGCAAAGCGAGAAUCUUAAAAUGCAGUUCGGUUUUUUUUUUUUUCGGUGGGACCUAGUUUGUAGGUCCCGCGUUCCUAGCGAAGACCGUGGAAACUGGGGAUAAGAAUCGUGACGACUUUCAUUGUAUGGAAAUGAGUCUCGUGAUGAGCAUGUGGUUUAUUUUGGGGUAUGACUGGAAUAACGCGCAAUGUUUAUCACGUUUAAGUGCUUUUCUUCCAUGUAAGAAAUCAGACUUUGUCUUUUGCGUUAAAACAGGUUACGUUUCAUGCUUAUGACAUAGUAAGCCGAUAAAAUCGUAAGUGCAAAACAGACAUAACAAAAAGUAAAACUGUAAACUCUCUCUGAUCUUAUGGUAAUUUGGUUCUGACCUUCACGAUCACGUGCGGAAAAGUAAAUACAGCUAAACGUGACAGAAAGAAUAGUUUUGUAAAGACGUGUUCCGGGUCAUGGUAGCGCAGAAUCUGGGGAUGAAAAUCGACACGAUGCUCUCAAUCUCAGUUAGACUUUCUCAAAGUCGUUCGGUUGGUUUUCUGGUCUGGUGUGGUCGGACAACCUCGAGGUACAAUACAAGAAAGGUCCACUAAUGUACAUUGCAGAUGCCUUGAGUGCAAGUCUAAAUCUCAGUGAACGCUUCGAAAAACAACGCGCAAUUGUCCGAAUGUUAUGUUUUGAGACGAAAAAUUUGGAAAGAUUAAUGGAUUAUACGGUGAUGUCGCUUACAAAUCCACACAACUUGAUAUUUCGUACAUCAUUAACUACAGGCGAUGAUAAAUGUCGAGGAAACAAAUCUUGGGCCGAUUUUGGAAUCUUUGAAACUCAAAUGAAAUUCAAUGAAAUUGCCUGAUUUGACUAACCUGAUCUAGAAUUAUUAUGUAUUUGCGAAAUACUGUAGGAAAACGGCAUAAAAAGGAAUUCAAAUUCAUUUUCGGCGACCGAAAUUUACGGCUUCGAGACAGCACUUCCGUUUGCUGUCCACCACAACAGAUGAUGACGGAAAUGACGUAGUAAGGUAAAAGUGUUCAAGAUCAGAGCAAUAAAAGGAGAUGGUAAACCUACACGACUUUUACCUCAUGCCAAAAUGCUGCUCGUUCCAAUAAAGUUUUUUUCGUCUGCUGGGUAGAUUAUGCUCUGGACGGUUCUACAUUUUCACUGAGUAAAUGUUAUUUUACCCGCACGUUUCACACUGAGAGAUCAUGACGUAGACUCGAUUUCCGCCGUCUCCCGGGUCCGGUCUUUGAUCCUCCCCGAAGAGAGGGGAGAUGAGCGCGGGCUCAUUUUCCCGAACAGCGGCUGGUAAUCGAGCCUAAUCAUGACGCACAUAUCGAUUUACUGUGGCUAUUAGCGGGGAAGAGCGUUGCGUGACGAGAUUAAAAACGGCUGUGUAGCAGACUCCUUUGAAGCAUGAUGGUGAAGCUUUUUAUUACGGCUGAAUAAGGGUUCCAAUUUUCUCCAAAGUAUCUUCUGGAUCUGAAUAACUAAGCGAUUUUCUUUAGUCCAUGAAUGUAAUGUUUUUGUGCAAUGCUGUAUCACGUUAAGCCCAACUCAUUAGUUUUGUUUGGAAAAUCUUAAAUACCACGGUUAGUGAUUUACAGGUCGUGUGUACUGUUGCAAUAAAACGUAAUACUGAGUAGAGCGGAGGUACAAGGCAACUGUAAUAUCAUCACGACUGAGCCAUUCUUCGGUGGUUCCAACAAUGUUACACAAGCGAAACCUGCUUAGAGACAUCGAAGACUGUUGGCAUGUACACAACAAGUCUUCAGUCUUGAAAGAUCUUCACUUCACUUAAAACUCUGUUGCCUUCGCAUAGAUCUCUGAGAUCUUUAAAACUCCCUCCGCAGCUGAUGUUUUGAUUCUCGAAUUAGCAGCGGUCUGUUGCUUUUGCGUUUCCGGUCUCAUUCACUUCCGUCUCCGAGAGAUGCGGUUCACAACGAACUAAGCCACGUGGUACAAGUAUCCUCCCUUAUCCUUUUUUUUACUCGCCACUUCUCGCUUCGGUCGCCCUUCGGGCGACGGUCUUCCGUCACCCUUCGGACGACCUGCUGUGCACCAACGAGAAUAUAGCUUGCGGUUAUUGAUUUUCAAAAUGGCGAACAACAAAGUCGAUCUGGAUCAGGUAAAAAGAAAAGAAAUCCUUUACAGUAGAUUCAUAAAGAUCCCAUUGGGCUAAUUAAUCGUGCUAAGCGACAGGUAUAAACAUUUUUCGAGGUGAGACUUUAAAUAAUUAAUUUAUUUAUUCACACGCAACUCCUCUGGACUCUGUGCAGUAGAUUGAAAUCAUAAUUCAACUUUUUCACUUGCUGUCGGUGAUCUGAGGAAUUAUGACGAACCUCUGGGGAGGACGACUCUGCAUAUGAAAGGCAAGGGGAUGCUCGUCGGAAAUUUUGAAUUAAACCCCUACAAGAGAUCGAUCCGGGCGUAGCCCAAGCUUUUUUGACCCCUGAGAGACUAUGUUACUGAAAACUCAGACAAUACACGUCUUUUUAUAUUUUUUCACAUGCAACCCUAAACAAGACCUUCACGGCUAAAUAUAACACCGUUUUGCCCAGAACACCGUAAGUGAGACCAAAAUCCGAUAUUUACACCCCGGCCUAAGCAUGACGACGAGCACCCCAAGCCCUUUUAUAUGCGGAGCGCCCCGCCCUUACCCCCCCGAGUGACGAAAGAACGCGCUCUAUUCGCCUCCUCACUUCUUAUCUUAUCUACAAACAAGCGAGACUCAACGCUACUUAGAGCGUUCUUGUUACUUGUAUAAUGUAAGAAGAAUUAGGAAAUAUCUUUCUAGGCGGUCCACUGAGACGCUCAUUCACGCAUUUGUCUCAAGUCGUGUCGACUAUUGUAACAGCUUGCUCUAUGGCCUGCCAGCUUAACAGCUUAACAAGCUACAGAGGGUCCAAAAUGGUGCCGCUAGGUUAAUUUUCCUGGAAUCUAAAUACUGCCAUGUAAGACCGUUGCUGUAUAAUCUGCACUGGCUGCCGGUUAAAUUCCGAAUUGACGUUAAGAUAUUAUUGUUAACGUAUAAGGCUAUCAAUGGGUUAGCGCCUUUUUAUCUCCAGGAACUUAUUAGUCUUAAAGAAGCAUGUAAAUACAAGUUACGCUCCGAUUGUGAUGGACUGCUACUAAACCCUGUGAAAUUCAAGACUUAGGAGAACAACAACGUUAGGAGAUCGAUCUUUCGCUGCUGCUGUUCCUCAACUAUGGAAUUCAUUGACCUAUUCAAUUACGAGUAGCCGCUCAGUAGCAUCUUUUAAAAAGACACUCAAGACAUUUUUAUUUCAGAAAGCUUUUUUGUGAUUUUAUGUGCUUUUUAAUCUCGUUUUUAGUAGGUUUUAUGCAGUUUUUUACGAUUUAAGUAGUCUAGGUAAUUUUUGUAGUUUUAGUGUUGACAUAAUUGUUUUACUCUUUUUGUUAGGUUCAUGCUCUUUUUGCAUGUAUACUUUAUGCACUUAUUAUUAUUAUUAUUUUACUUUAUUUUAUUUUCAUUUUUUUAAUAUUUCUAUUUUUAAGCGCUGAUGAAAAUAGCAAUAUUGAUAUCGGCGCUAUAUAAGUAUUAUUAUUAUUAUUAUUAGUGUCCAUGAAUUUUCAUAGAAUUCCAUAGAGUUGUGACUCCAUGGAAUUCCAGUGAAUUUUAGGCCUGUGAUUCUAUGGAAUUCCAGUGAAUUUUAUCGAUUAAACAAAUCACCAGCCAGUCAACCACAUUUUCAUGUCUGCAAAUUUUAAUUUGACAGAGAAAGAGAAAUAAAAAAGCUGCUUUUGAAAAUAAUACUUACGUUUAGAUGAUACAAUGAAAUGCUAUCUUCUUUUUACCUAUACUGAGGCCCAGUAGCAUCAUAACGGAAUUGUUGAAUUUCAAGAGAUGUUUAACAAAAACCCAGACCCAGCAGGCUGGUUCUUUGGGACCAUCUUCACACAACACGUUUCUGUUAUUAUUGUUCUUUGCAUUUCUUUAGUGGAAAAUACUGUAACUUAGGAACUGUCGCAUGAUAGGAAUCAUGACUUUUAUAAUAACUGCUGCCCUUUUGGUUUGGUUAUUUUUAGAUUGUGGCUGUCAACUGGUCUCCAGCUUUUGAGGGUCCUUUAUCUGUACCAGAGGUAAGCAUCCACACGCCAAAAAAAGAGGGUCAUCAGUGUUAUACCCCGGCUAUAGUAGUUCCCACCAUGAACACAUAAACAAGAUCCACACUCGGGAGAGAAAAUGUUGUGUUUUCUUAAUGACGGCCACCAGAACAUUUUUUUGCUACUAAAAAAUAAAAUUUACCAUCAUAGAUUCAGUUUGGAACUAUACUCUAAAAUCCCCUUGGUUUUUCCAUGCGAACCCAAGAAGGAAUUAAGACGAUGAGCACGGCCUCAUGUGCGGGAGGUUUGGAGUUUGAUUACCAGGUGUAAAUUCAUUUUUCGACUUCUUUCCCUUCCGUGUAGCUUUAAAUAUCUUUAAAUAAUAUACCCGUAAAGAGAGGGGGCAGCGUAAAAUGAGGGCAAAGUUGGCCUCAGGUUUUUCAGUGUAAUAUGUACUGCAACGAGUUACUUUAACUGAAUAAAUUUGCUUAAACGAUAGUAGAGACCUUUAUAGGACGACGACGACAUCUGCGAGGACGCACAGAUUUGACUUGUCUCGUGUAUUCAAAAAAUUCACGCUGGGAAGAGCUUCUAUCAUUAUACUGUUUUCAACCCAGAAAAGUUAACACGGUUGUUGAUAUUGAAGGAGAUCAAUCCCUCUCACGAUCACAAAAUGAUAAAACUCGGCUUAUUUAACAAUUAGUCGCUGAAGGCGACUAAUUGUUUUAGUAUAAUUACAUUGAUGAUUAUUCGAGAAAAUAAAAUUUUAUGCCGAGAGCGGCUCAGUUAUACAAAAAAUAUAGACAAUAGACUGAAAUAUUUAUAAUUGCGUUCGUGCACGCGGCCAGGAUUCACUGAGUGAAGGAGACACAUAUUUGGAAUAAUUUGGCCCCUCAAGUGGCGUUUAUUACAAACCAAUUAUAAGUGCUAAAGUGUAACGUUAACCGAGAAUCAUCGCUUAGUGUAACAAGAUAGUUAUUUGAUUCAGUGAAUUAAGUUGGGGCGAAAAAUAGUCACAAGCCACAUUCUGUGGAGAGCCCCAACCAAAGCCGCGGGCACGCACGCAAGACAAGAUCCCAACACGAAAGGCAAAAAGGAGGAACACCAGGCCGAUUUCUGACAUGUUCCUGGAGACCUUACGAGUAAAAAUAAGAGGUACCUAAACAACUGCUCCGAUUGAAAUGGGAGAAUUGCCGCCCCAGCCAAGUCUGACGGGCGAGCUACGAAGCCCCGAAGCUAGUUAUAAUAUGUCAAAGUUUGAAUGGUACAGACAACACAGCCCGUGUCGGAAAUAAAAAACCGGAAAUAAACAUGAUUAAUCUAUAGAUCAUUGCUGCCCCAGCCCCUGCCUGUAAGGCGAGCUUACGUGCAGCAAGACACAACCAGCCCAUGUCUGAGCUAUGUCGGAGUCACUAAGAUCAAAAAAUAGGAAAAAUCUAGAAAUAUGCGUUGCCCCCAGCCCCUGACUGAAAGGCGAGCCUAAUCCUUAGAAACUCCUGUAGGUUGACGAAUGUAUAGUUUAAAUGCGUCGGAUUUCCAACGACCAAGGUGACGAAUUUGAGCAUCCGAUAAGCCUUUUUCAGCUGCUAGAGAGGCGGCGCCGAUCUUGCCUACGGCCAGACGUCUCCUAUUUCCUUUGUUGCAUCAAAAGGAAAUAGGAGACGUCUGCACCGCAGAGAAAUAACGUUGUAAAUACGCUGUGGCUAUAUGGCCGGUAACCGGUCAAGGUUUUCAAAACACUAAAUGGCCGGCAGUCCUAUAUUCUCAGUAAAUUUCACAAAAUGGAAAGAUUUUAGCUAAUCUAAACUAUCAUAUGUCGAUUAAGACAAGUCAAGCGAUCCUGAAAUGCUUUAUAGGUCUCAAGUUUUGUGACACUUAGAACUUUUUUCAGCUCGACUGCUGGUCAAGGUUUUCAAAACACUAAAUGGCCGGCAGUCCCAUAUUCUCAGCAAAUUUCACAAAUUGAAAAAAAUCAGCCGUUCUGAACUAUCAUAAGUCGUGAUCCUGAUCAAACCAGCCGGUUUUGUGGGAUUUCUAUAUCAUGUUUUUGUUGGUCUCAAGUCUUUGGAGUUCGUUACUUUUCUCUGUCCAAAGCAUGGCGUGACAGGCGACGUUUGACGUCAUAACAUCUUGACCUUUCACACCGCCUCCGCGGAAAACCGGCGGGAAAAGUCUCCACUGCUUCUGGAAAACUCUAGACUUGAGAUCUAUAAAGCAUUUCAGGAUCGCUUGACUUAUCUUAAUUGACAUAUGAUAGUUUAGAUUAGCUAGAAUCUUUCCAUUUUAUGAAAUUUACCGAGAAUAUAGGACUGCCGGCCGUUUAGUGUUUUGAAAACCUUGACCGGCAGUCGAGCUGAAAAAAGUUCUAAGUGUCACAAAACACGGUUUCGUCUUCUGAGCCCAACGAAAACCAAACGCUACAAGUCAGGGAGUUUUACUGUACUACUAGGAUCCACCUCUGCAAUCACUGGUAACCCAAAAGCCCUCUUUACGGACAACCGCUUCAUACAGACACCUGAUCAAGGCUGUGCUCUAGCAGAGCCAUGUGGCCCCUGGCAUUUAACUUUUGCUUUUGGGUGACUAGAAAAUCUCAGACUUUUCAUACAAAUCAUAUGCUGGGCAGCCUAGAUUUUACAGGUUCAGAGAACUGGGCUCCUUUCAAUGUUCCUUAGAGCACAGCCUUGCUCAUCAUUACAGACAGCUUGCUUUGUUCCCUGGAAAAAAGCCCUCAAAUUUUCUCAAGAGAGAAUGAUCUAAGAGAGCGAAUCCUCCAUACAUGACCCUCUUCCAAUGAAAAUUAUUUUCAAUCUAUUCUUGGUUCUGUGUCAUACUGCGUGGUUAUUUUAAGGACGCCACCUUAUUGGUCGGUUAGAGUGGCGUCAUUUAAUUUUAAACUUGGCGGGUAAUUCAUUUCACUGCCGAUCACGCACAGCAAGCGAUAUGACGUGCAAACUUGGCAUUACUUUCGUCGACGAGUCAAAAGAUUUAUACGUGGAAUAAUCUCGCCAGAGGAGCUGACGAAGAGCAAAACGGUCCUGGCUUGUGGGAGUUCGCCGGAGAAAGCGGUUCCGACUCGGCGAAAACUUCUUAUUGAGGUCUUCGCUACAUCAAUAUAUAAACAACCAACAUCCUAUUGCAAAAAACGACAACUGUUCCGGCGACAUCCACGCACACCCGCGAGCUGUGAUACCGUCGUUUGGAUCCAACCGUGGACACGUAACGAGACAAUAGGUUCAAAGUGGGUUCAAACAUGAAUGUCUGGCCGCCAAACAUUUGAAUUUUGUGGGGACGCUAGACAAAUGUGGGCACAGCGCUCACUAUUAAGAAUUGACCGAAACCGGAAACCGCGCAUCAAAACUCUCUGGCAUCCAGGUUAGCGACUGUUUAACAGCUUAAAGCAUCUGACCUGAUUUGCGUUUGCACAGCGAAAUAUUCAUCGCAAGUAUUAGACGUUAGGAAGAAGUAAUGCAGUUUGAAACUCUCAAGAAUAAUUCUUAAAAACAAAUGUACUGUUUUUGAAGGAAAAAUAUUUCCGGAAAAAGAGAAAAAAUAUCUUGCACAUUUGCAUAAACAAUUGAAGCCGGCCACUUAUUAAAGGUUUCGUGUUUCGCGCGUGAUAACCUCUGGCCUCUGGCUUUCAUUCGUUACUUUAAAUGAGGCUACCAGCCGUUAGAAAAUAUCAAGGUUUAAUCUCAAAGUGAAAUUUUGACUCCAAUACUACAAUCCCUUUGUAAAUAAAAUUGAUUCCUAAAUUAUGAGCGGAAAGUGCUGAUCAAAAACAUGUCAACAACAGGAGCCGAUUAGUAUCGGCUCCUGGGGCUAAUUACUAUAAUGGCUUUCAAACUUCAAAUGUUUAUUUGAAAGUAGACCGCGCGGGUCACGGAAGCAACAGACAAAAAUAACCUUCGCAGCACGCGCGCGAACCUAUCAUGGGGCACAGGGAUUCGCUCUUUUAGCUCAUUCUCUCUUGAUUUUCUCUAAAUUAAGAUGGACAAUUUCUACGGUCCCCUCAGUGUCUGUAUAACAGAGUUGACUGUGAGUAUGAUGAGACCUAUGACACCAUAUUUAAAUUAUAAAAUUGGGGUGAGGAGAAAGGAAAGGGGUCUCAAGCUAUGUUGCCCCAGCCCUGAUUACAGGAGAUUUGUAAACAUGUAUGAAUUUCACAUUUUGAAGAGUUUUUAUAAUAAAAAAUAUGUGAUAAUUAUUAUUCAUUCAAAAUAUUUCCCCGAUUCUGAUUGGCUAAAAGCACAUGUUUAGUUCACCAUAACCAGUUACGGAUGACCAAAUUUGGGAGAAAUUUGACUUUAACGAGGAAAUGACGUCAAAAAUGCAGCGUUUUCGCAGGUUAAGGCACCGUUAACCGAGAAGACCUGGGGACGAGUUUGAGUUGUUUUGGUUGUGAACUUGAAACAAUGGCGGACAUUUCACUCGUUUCAAGAGUAAGAAGUAGGCGAAAAAAUAGCAAAAAAAAUGGCAAGAACAGCAAGAAGACAACUCGAAGGGUGACAUCUGCUAUUUGGAGAAUAUUUGCGGAGCUGGACAAACCUAAACGUACACUAUCGAAGAUGAACUGAACAUCGAUGGAUCGAUGGAGGUAAGCAUGUUUUAGCUAUGUUUUUAAACUAGGAAUUAUUUUGAAUGAAUAAUAAAACAGUUAUUGAAUUCGGCUUUCGUAUCAUAUGAAGAAUUAUGGAGAUCUCGGAGGGUGUUAUCCGUCGAGGCCGUAACACCCUCCUCGAUCUCCAUAAUUCUUCAUAAGAUACUCAGCCUCAUUCAUUAACUGUGUUUGUACAUACAGACACAAUCAUUAAACAAAUAGUAGCUGAAGCUUUUAAAAUCUAUUGACUGCAUCAAGCUUUGUAAUCACAAAUAUGCCAUUUUCAGUUUCAAUCCAGUUAUAAGACAUUCUAUGACUCAUACCAAUAGAAAAUAUAUGGGCAAAUAAAGAUGCUCAAUAUUAUAUUAUCUAUAAAGAGGACACAAGUUCAUUGUACACAAAUACUCUCUACUUUAUUUACUUGUCUUCAUGUGAUGAUAAAUACACAUGUUAAGCAAAACGAAAUGCAGACUUGGUGCCACAGAGAAACAAGUCCUUAAUUAAAAAGAUGACCCCCUCAACUUCGAUUCUCUUAUUACAGCUAGCAAGUGAACAUCUUGCAAUGCUGAAUGACAAAACAAAAUAAGCUCACUGUGUUUAAAUACCGUGGCCGGGCAUUCUGAAGAAGCUCCUAGUAUUUUAUGAGUAUAUCACAGCUAUGCAUAUCAGUACCUCUUAGUACUAGUUGCACUGAUUUCAGGGUGAAUUCAAAAUUUUCGGCGAACCGCGGGUCUUACCUCCAGUGCUUUUCAUGAUUGAAGCAUUGAACAAAGCGUUUCUGUGCCGACUUUUCUCGGUCAGUUGCAAACAGGAUGCACGUGAUUACGAACAAAAUACACCAGAAUACACUUUUCAACAGAAUGAGACUGUUUUUUCCCUGAGAAUUGGAUAGACUUUCUUUUUCAAGAGCUUCCGGAAGAGAUUCGAAGCAAAAUCGUAUAUAUCUACAGCGUAAUUAAAGAAUAUUCACUCCGUAGUCGAGAUGUUCACUCCACGCCAUCUUGACACAAAUACCCCCUUGAUGCUUAGCGAUCGUAGUGCGCACACCACCUGGGUUUAACGUGCUCAAGGCAAAGACUAGGGUGAUCGUGAUCAACCGUGACAGAUAUACGAUACUUUGACUCGUCCGGGGCGUGGGCUGGGGCGUGGGCUGGGUGUUCGUUCCUGAAUCCCUUUCGGCGGGAGCAAGAUUAGCUUGGAAGAUGCCGACUGACUGCAACGCGCCCGAGAUAGCUUGUGAAAUUACUGCCCCAAGCUCAGUGGGGCUUAACUGCGAGGAGGACUCCGGUGGCUGUGCUGAUCUCUCCGGCAGGGCCGUGGAAAUAGGGCGACUUUCUGCCCGGCGUUGUUUUGGAGCGACUACAGGGGCUGGUCUUUUUGCUGCCUGGCGCUUUGAGGCUCGUUUAGGAGGCAUUCUUAUGAAAAAUGUACACUAUAUUACUCCAACAAAAAUUAAAAAGAUUGUGGUACCCUCAAACUUAGUGGGUGUGUUCCUUGGUUUUUGGCGGGCUUUCAUUGAGCCCAUGGCGAUUGUAAAUUGAAACAGAAACGCGUCUAAGAGACAAAGAUAUCCGAGACAUUCCACAAUGGCGUAGGAGCGUUGGGCUAUACACGCUCCAACUAGUUUCCAAGUAAAAAGCGGAAGCCAAAGAAUGUCAAGUGCAAAUCAAGAGCAGGCAACAUAAUGACAAAAAAUAAUCCGAGACAUUUGUCCUAUAAUGGCUUGAGUGAGUUGGGCACACUAAUGUAGUAAAC